ACUAGCGCCUAUUUCUACCUAAUACCUACAACAUUGGCGACAGCAUGUAUUAGGUGGCCUAACUUGAUGUCCGGAUGCCAACGUCGCGGCUAAGAUUCAAAUUCAACGCCAAUUCUUAGCGACAAAGUCUCUCUUCUAGUCUCUUACUCACUCUAGCCUACCGUAUCGACGUUAAAAUAUGACUGUUUUAUAAAAACCUAACGUGUCGACCCCUAACAAACGAAUCACUAUGCAAUUGACCAAUCAACUUGUAGCCCGGCCAAAACGGCUCUAUAGUGCGAUGCUCGGUGUUGUACCAUGUUUAGAAACGCUCCGCGAACGAGCACUCGGAUUCAGACUCAGACGUGGACUCGUCAUGUCUAUGACCAACAUGGAUGUUGUUUUCUACUUGUGUAAAUGCCAACGAUCAGUCUCUAGGACCUAGCGUCCUGGGAUGUCGGGGUGACUUCGACUUCACUGUCAAGUUCGAACAGCUGUUCUUCUCCCUCACGCCCUCGGUUAUUUUCAUUAUUCUGUCGCUAUGGAGAAUUUAUCUGCUUGCAAAAAGACCUACGAUCGUGGAUGCUCCGUUGUUACGACUGGUAAAACUUGGUGUUCUUGGCUCAUAUACUCUCCUGGAGCUUUCUUCGGUCGUCCUUGUUAACGUGCUCUCGCUUGGCGCUGACAAUGUUGACAUUGCUUCUUCCGUGCUUCGUCUUUUUACUUGCCUUUGCAUGAUUGGGCUAUCUUACCUUGAUCAUGGAAAGUCUCCAAGGCCAUCGAUUCUUCUUGGCGCAUAUCUCUUUUGGACGCUCCUAUUUGAUAUUACCCAGGUCCGUACGUUUUGGCUGGCUUCUCAGACUAGACCAGAGAUGACCUUUUCUGCUAUUUUUACGGCUGUGCUGGUUACGAAAGUUGCUAUGAUCUUGCUUGAAGCUCAACGGAAAACCAAAUGGGUCAUCUGGAAUGCUAAAGAUCAUAGCCCGGAAGAAACGAGCAGCAUAUUUGAUCUAAGCGUUUACUCUUGGCUCAACUGGCUAUUUCUCGAAGGCUAUCGCAACGUCUUAAGUAUAAAGGACUUGUAUCCACUUGACCAGAACAUGGCUGCCGACCGUCUCUCAAAAAUCUUUGCCCAGAAAAUGAAUGAUGCAAGACUUAAGGGUCAUAAGCCUAGUAUUAUCAAGGUCUUAGCUCGGACGCUUUUAGUACCUCUUAUACUCCCGAUUCCCGCAAGGCUUGCCAGGAUCGGAUUCACUUUCUGUCAACCCCUAUUUAUAAGCAGCCUUACGACACGACUGUCGCAAUCCGAAUCGACAUUGCCAGCCAACGUUGGGUACGGCUUUAUCGGUGCUAGCAUUUGCAUCUAUUUCUCCAUUGCAAUUUCGACAGCACUGUACUGGUAUGCUCACCAUCGGAUGCUCUACAUGGCACGGGCCUGUCUCGUUACGGCCGUUUACGCAAAAGCUAUAGAGGCUCGUGAAGACGAGAAUGCUUCUCUGACAUUGAUGAGUACGGAUGUAGAACGCACAAUGAGUGGGUUUAAGUCCUUCCACGAAAUUUGGUCAAACUUUAUUGAAGUUGGGAUCUCGAGCGGAUUAUUGUACAGGUCGCUUGGCGCUGCAUUUACGGCCCCUAUAAUAAUAGUUUUGAUAUGUGCAAGCGGAGUUGGUGCCAUCACACGUUUUACGGGUAAAGGGCAAAGGACGUGGGUGGCCGGCGUUCAAAAACGUGUCGGACUCACCUCAAGGGUUAUUGCGACGAUGAAAAACAUUAAACUCUCCGGUCUCACUCAUCCGAUCGCCCGUGUCAUCGAGAAGCUUCGAGUCGAUGAAUUAAAAGCAGGUCAGAACUUCCGAACAUUGUUACUAAUAGCGGGAGUCUUCGCCUAUAUCCCUUUACUCGUCUCUCCAGCCAUAACUUUUGCAGUGGCCCAAAGAAGCCUAGACGCGGCAAGGCUAUUUACUUCUAUAUCCUAUCUUCUAUUAAUGACAUCGCCUCUUAGCAAUUUAUUUCAAACUUUACCUCAAUUUGUCGGAGCGCUAGCCUGCCUCGGCCGUAUUCAGGAAUUUCUGGAGAGAAAGUCACGAGAUGAUUUUCGCAUCGCGUUUACGGAAUCGCAAGAUUCGACCGAAAAGCCCUUGGUGGAUGAGUCUUCAGUCUUACUAGCUAUGACUAUAAAGAAUGGUAGUUUUGGUUGGGAACCAGAUAAGAUGGUCCUCAAUAACAUCGAUAUUGAGAUUCCUAAAGGUUGUCUCACGAUGAUCGUUGGUCCUGUUGCAUCAGGAAAAUCGUCUUUAUGCAAAGCCCUCCUAGGAGAAAUACCAUACCAUCGGGGGACAGUCACGAUAAUUAGCAACCUCCAGCCGGUGGGCUAUUGUAGCCAAACACCGUUUCUUUCGAAUGGCAGCAUCAGGGAGAAUAUUAUUGGAUAUUCGCCAUUCGAUCCCGAGCGAUAUGCUGAGGUCGUUGACGGAACAAUGCUUGGCGUUGAUUUCGAGACGCUGUCUCUGAAGGAUAUGACGAAUGUCGGUAGCAAUGGCAUAACUCUUUCCGGGGGCCAGAAGCAACGUGUGUCGCUAGCGAGGUGCCUUUACCUGCAAUCUAACUUCCUGAUUAUGGAUGAUGUGUUCAGCGGCUUAGAUGCAGACACUGAAGAUCUGGUAUUUCAGCGUGUGUUUGGGGCGAAUGGGAUCCUCAAAAGACGCCAAACAACCGUCGUGCUCUGUACUCACUCCGUCCGUCAUCUUCCAACUGCCGCGCAUGUUAUUGCUUUGGCUCCAGACGGAUCUGUCACUGAGCAAGGCACAUUCGACGAUCUUAUGGUUAACCGAAGCUAUAUUCAUAGUCUUGGUGUCAAGUCCUCGUCUGCAAGCCAGAUGACCAGUGACAAAGUCGAAUCCGAACCCGACUCCCCUAAACCUCCCCAUAGUCCAUUAGGAAAGAUACCUAUACUACCUCCCGUGCUGAAAAUAACCGACAAGGCACGGCUAAUGGGCGACAAAGCAGCUUAUAUGGUAUAUCUAAAAAGUAUAGGGAUGAUACUCGGUACUUGUCUGCUAGUUUUGGGCACGCUCUUUAGCUUCUUUUGCAAUUUUCCGACAGUGUGGUUGAAGUAUUGGUCGGAUGAUGCUACGGUAACAAAUCCGUCACACUCUUUUGGUUACUACGCAGGAAUAUAUGCUUUGCUCCAGACGAGCGCCUUGAUGUCGUUGUUAUUUCUUGCAAUCCUAAUCUACAUUAUAGUUAUCAACCGAUCAGGGAAGUCUCUUCACGACGAUGCUCUACGGACACUUACGCAUGCACCUCUGAGUUUCUUGACUACAACUGACCAGGGGAUCAUCACGAAUCUGUUUUCUCAAGAUCUAAACCUUAUCGACAACGACCUGCCUCAUGCCCUCCUUAAUGUGAUAAACGCCGUACUUGUCGCCAUUGGCCAGGCGGCCGUUAUCGCUACUUCGUCGCCAUUAUUAGCAAUCAGCUACCCGUUUCUAAUAGCUGUACUAUACGGAAUUCAAAAGUUCUAUCUUCGAACGUCAAGACAGCUGAGGUUACUAGACUUAGAAGCGAAAAGUCCUCUUUACACCCAUUUUCUUGAUACAUCAAAUGGCGUUGUCACCCUUCGAGCCUUUGGUUUUAUUGCCAACGACCGUGCAAAGAAUGCCUACCUCUUGGAUACGUCCCAGCGACCUGCAUACCUCCUAACUAUGAUUCAACAGUGGCUUGGUUUAGUGCUAAAUUUCGUCGUCGCUAUAAUUGCUGUGAUGCUUACGGCCCUUUCUAUAAGCCUACGAUCUAACUCCGGCUUCACCGGCGCGUCCUUAGUUACCUUGAUGGGAUUCGGAGAAACACUCACAAACGUCGUUACGUACUAUACAUUGCUUGAAACGUCUCUUGGUGCUAUCACUCGGCUAAAGUCUUUUGAGAAGGAUGCCGGAUUAGAGGACAAGGAUGAGGAGGAUAUUAUUCCGCCUAAGGAGUGGCCACAGCACGGGGAAAUUUCCCUGAAAGGUGUCUCGGCCAGUUACGGCGCUGAAAGUGCAGCUGAAGUACCAGGCAUGGCACUAAAAAAUGUUAAACUCGAAAUUUCUCCCGGGGAAAAAGUUGCAGUUUGUGGUCGGACAGGAAGUGGCAAGUCGUCCCUCGUUGCCCUACUAAUGAAGCUUCUUGACCCGGUCGACGAUACACCCGAUCGCGUAUUUAUAGAUAAUACACCUCUCCACCGCGUGGAUCGGGGCACUCUCCGACAACGUAUUAUUGCUAUUCCCCAGGAUAUUGUAUUCCUACCCGAUGGAUCUACUUUCAAGGAAAAUCUGGAUCCUUCAACUGUUUCAACGGCCGCGGAUUGUCGGGCCGUCCUCGAAGCAGUAGGCUUAUGGACAUUUGUGCGCGAUCGGGGUGGACUUAAGGCAGGGCUGACAGCCAGCACGCUGAGUCAAGGACAGCGACAACUGUUCUCCCUUUCUCGGGCAAUCCUUCGCAGACGUGUCCGAGCACGCAGUCUUGGGCUUGGUGGUGGGGGUACUGAGGGUGGUGUCUUACUACUUGAUGAAGUAAGCUCGAGCGUCGACCGAGAGACCGAGAAGGUAAUGCAAAAGGUGAUCAGCGUCGAGUUCAAGGAGUACACGGUUAUAGCUGUAAGUCACCACUUGGAUAUGGUCAUGGAUUAUGAUCGUGUUGUCAUUAUGGAUAAGGGUGAGAUUGUCGAGGUAGGCAACCCGGCCCAGUUGGUGAAGCAGGCGGGGACCAGAUUCGGCGAGCUAUGGAAUGUCGGAGGGAAGUAGUCUAAUAGUGAUUAUAUAACUGGGUGUCAUAAUUGUAAUUGAUAAUCUAAUAGUAAUAUUUUUUACAAGUCUUUCAA